AAAUUCGGCUGCCUCUACCUCCUCCCGCCGCCGCCGAAAAGUCUUUGCUCUCGAAGGAAGGGUAUCCCCCGUCGCCUUGUCUUAGCCCCGGGUGCUUCCUUUUUCCUUCCAACCAAGCCCUCCUUUCUUCAAUUUAUCCAUCUCCUUUCGCCCUAAUCGAAUCCUUCUUCUUCACAUCGACCACCCCCUUUACAGACAGCUGAGCUGAAUCGAUAGCCGGACAGCAAUGGCUUACGUAGAUCACGCCUUUUCCAUCUCGGAUGAGGACAUGACGUUGGAGUCCUCUUACAGCCUCAACAACCGCCCUCCCAUCAAAGAGAUCGCCCUCACCGUUUCUCUCCUCGUCUUCGGAACCCUCGGCAUCGUCAUCGGCUUGAUCAUGGCAGCCAAUCGGAUCGGCGGCGACAGAGCUCACGGGAUUGUCUUCGCGGUACUGGGGUCGCUUCUGUUCAUUCCGGGGUUCUAUUAUACGCGGAUCGCGUACUAUGCGUACAAAGGUUACAAGGGUUUCUCAUUUUCCAACAUUCCCCCUGUCUAGGGAGAGGAAGGAAAAUCCAGAUAAUUCUCUGUGAUUAGGGGAACCUCAAUCUCCUGCCUCUUCUGUACAGAUCUCUUUUUUUUUGUUCCGGAUGUUUGUCUUUUUAGCGUUCCUUUUUGUUUGUCUGGUCUUUAUUCUGUCUCAUCAACAAUGAUGGUUUGUGUAGAUGCUACUUCUUGAGAAUAAUUGCCUGCUUGCCUGUUCUUCUUCUUUUAUUUUUUCUUAGUUCUCUUUUUCGUUUGGGACAUGUGAAACUUGUCAGCAGGUUGAUUCCAAGCUUUUGAAUAUAAUAUUUACGUUCUAUAUGUGGAUAAUACAA